AUGAGCAACAGAGUUAAUGGACCAUGGUCAAUCCUUGGCGACUUCAACAUCAUUAUGGCCCCAGAGGAAAAGAAGGGUGGAACUCCUCAUGUUCUUAGCAAGAGCGCAGACUUCAUUAGCUGCAUGGAUGACUGUGGAAUGACUGACCUUGGCUACACAGGGAAUCCCUUCACAUGGUGCAAUGGUAGCAGGGGUAGAAGAAGAAUUAGCACUAGACUGGACAGGGUUCUUAUAAACGAGGAUUGGGCAGGAAAAUUCCAAAUCAACAGAGUUGACCACCAUGCUAAAUCAGGGUCGGAUCAUAGUCUCAUCACCUUUAAAUUUGGAAAUGAGAACCAUGAAGCUAUCAAAUACUUCAGGUUCCUUAAUUUCUGGACUAAGCAGAGUGACUACAACUCCUUGGUUGAAAACACCUGGAACAAGGAGGUACAGGGUAACGAUCAAUGGAUUCUACAACAAAAACUGAAAGCUGUAGCCAGAUGCCUUAGCAAUUGGUCCAAAGAGUCUAUUGGAGAUGUCUUCACCUCAGUCAAACUAUCAGAACUGGAGAUGUGUAGAUUAGAGCAUGAAUAUGAGGCUAAUAAUAAUGAUGUCAAUAGGCAAAAUCUCUAUAAGGCUCAAGCUGAAUACACCAGAUGGCUUAAGAUGCAAGAAUCUAUCCUCAAGCAGAAAGCCAGAAUUAAAUGGGCUGAAGAAGGUGACUCCAACUCCAAAUAUUUCCAUAGUGUGAUUAAGGAGAAAGGAGGAGAGCACACAUCUACAGAAUUAAGGAUGACCAAGGAGUAUGGAUGGAGGGCAAUGAAGCUAUUGCAAAAGCUGCAAUAG